AUGGGCCCGUCACACCCGGGCCACUCGAAGCUCGAAUGGACGUUCUCCGUGAACGCGUGGAUCUUCGGUGGCAUGAUCGGCUCGUUUGUCUGCGGCCACUUCAGCAACCUGUGGAGCCGCAAGAAGCUGCUGUUGGUCAACUGCAUCUUCAUAUUCGCUGGUGCCGUGGUCGAGACGUCCGUGUCGAACGUCUUGGGGUUCUCGGCCGGUCGUCUGAUCGCCGGCGUCGCGUCGGGUACGGGUACGUUCGGUGCAUACAUGAACGAGUUGACCCCGCCACACAUGCGUAACAUCCUGUGUCUAGUCCGACGUGGCUGCUCAUGA